AGUCUGAGAAAAACGAUCGGAGAUCCAGGAGGUGUCUGCUGGACGUGGUGUGCGCCAUUCGAACCGAACGCCGAUGCUGUGUUGUACAUAUUGUUUAUAUAUAGAAAGAUAGAACAUCACUGUGUUCCCAAAGUGUGAGUGCGAGUGUGUGUGUGCGAGUGUCUGGUGGAUUUCAAAUUGGAAUUGGAAGAGGAAUACGUGUAUAUGCGCUGCACCAUCAGCAACAGUUUGAAAUAAUGCCACAGGCUGAAAAUGUGAAUAUAUCCUAAUUACACAUUUUCCGAUUCAUUGUGCCCGACGGAAUACGCGUAAUUACCAGCGGAAAAUUUCAUUUCAGUGAAUCGGAAACGGAAAAAUUCAAAUUUUUACCGUCGUUUGUGUGCGGCGUUUGUUCUAAAUAUAAAUAAUAAAAAAAAAAAAAUAUAUUAAAUCGCUUUCGGUUAAUGCCGCCUCGAAAAUACCCAUCCGACAAUACUGCGCCCUAAUCCUACACAGAAAGUCCUGCCAGUCCCAUGCCAAAGUGGCCCGGUUUCGGCUAAUCGGCUAAUUAUAUAGUGAGACCUGAGACCCGAGCAUGGAGAGAUCGCCAGCAGCCAAUGCCGCGGAGCCUCCUGGCGAGGAUGGGGUGCCCGAGGCGGGCCACCGACCACCACCUCGCAUCACGUUCAGCGAGAACUCCAGUUCCCUGAUCCGCUGCAUCCCCAACGAACGGGCCACGUUCUUCGUGAAGAUCGAUUGCUCCGAAGAGGAUGAGCCCGAGCUGCUGCCCUUCAAAUUCGAGUGGAGCCGAGGUGAGAUUCCCAUUGAAAAUUCCGAUCGCUUCCGCAUCACGGCCACCAGCAAUGCCGUCCAGCUGGCCGUGGAGCAUGUGCAGCGGGAAGACGCCGGCCACUACACGCUGUUCGCCCGGACGAAGAGGCAGGAUGUGGUGCGCAGGCACGUCGAGCUCAUCGUGGAGGACAGAUCCACGGGCGACGAUCCGCCGGUGUUCGUGCGCCGCCUGCCCGACCUAUCCGUCAAAGUGGGCACCCGGACACGCCUCCUAACCGAAAUACGCAGCUCAACAGAUCUUAAGCUAACCUGGUACAGAAAUGAUCGGAGAGUGUGCGCAAACGACCGGAUCACGGAAGUCAAUGAAGGCACCUUCCACUACUUGGAGAUUAGUCCCGUGACGCUGGACGACGGUGGUCAGUGGAUGCUAAUGGCGGAGAACUUUGGUGGACGCAACUCCUGCCUGGGAACACUGAACGUCUUGGUGCCGAAGGCCUACAAAACACCCGAAUUCGUGGAGGAACUGCGCGCAGUGCUCACGGAACAGGGAACCGUCUCGCUGGAAUGCAAGGUGGUGGGUGUGCCCACGCCUCAUUUGCGCUGGUUCAAGGACUCCAAGGAAAUCAAGGCCGGCGACAUCUUCGCCCUGACCGCCAACGCAGAUGACCCCACCUCGCUGGGCACGUACACGUGUGAGGCGCGAAACUGUAUGGGCGUCACCUACUCCAGCUCCAAGGUGCAUGUGGUGGGACGCGGAAGUCGAGAGGGAUCUCUCAAGCCAGCGGACAGCGUGGCAAGCAAUGCUCCGCCUCCGAUAUUCACGAACGAACUGCGAGACAUGAGCCUGCUCAUCGGGGAGACCAUCAUUCUCGGCUGUCAAGUGGUGGUGCCGCCGUGGCCGAAGAGCGUCUGCUGGUACAAUGCGAGCGGACGAGUGGAGACCGCCGAGCGGUACAAGCUGAUCGAGGACGGCCUGGGCGUCUACAUGAUCGAGGUGAAGCCAUCGGAGUCCUGCGAUGCCGGCGAAUGGAAAUGCGUGGUGACCAGCUUCGAUGGCAGUAUGGGCAUUUCAACGUGCUCCGUUGCCAUGGACAUACCUAGGAACUAUCGCAAGCCCAGGUUCAUGGAGAGUCUGCGCGCCGUGCUCACCGAGGAGGGACUGGUGUCCUUCGAGUGCAAGGUGGUUGGCUUUCCAACGCCCGUGCUCAAGUGGUUCAAGGAUGGACACGAACUGAAGCCGGGCGAUGUCUACCAGCUGACGGGCACCAACUCAUUGGGCACCUACUGCUGCAUUGCGCGUAAUUGCAUGGGUGAAACCAGCAGCACUGCCGUCCUCACCGUGGAGGACAUUCAGAACCAGCUGACCGACGAGGAGCGACUUGUCUUCAACCAACAGAAUCAGAACCAAGCACCAAAAUUUCUAAUUGGACUGAAAAGCACGGAUGCUAAGAUCAACGAACCCUUUCAGUUCAAGGUGGUGGUGAAGGCCACGCCGAAUCCAAUACUAUCCUGGUUCCGGGACGAGCUGCCCAUUGAUCCGAACGAAAGAUAUAACCAUUAUCGGGGUGAAAACGAAGACUGGCUGCUGGACAUCAAGUCCGUGGAGUUUGUUGAUCAAGCGGAGUGGAAGUGCGUGGCCGUGAAUGAUUUCGGCACCAGCAUCACUUCCUGCUUCCUGAAGCUGCAGAUCCCGCGACACUACAAGAAACCCCGCUUCCUGGAAUGCCUGCGCGCCGUGCUCACUGAGGAGGGAGCCGUGAAUCUGGAGUGCAAGGUCAUCGGAGUUCCUCAGCCCGCGCUCAAGUGGUACAAGGAUGGGGUGGAGCUGAAACCGGGCGAUAUUCACCGGAUUAUUUCUGGACAGGAUGGCACCUGCUGCCUGGGCACUUACACGUGUGAAGCGAAGAACUGCAUGGGUAUCGUUGCCAGUUCGGCCUCGCUUCUGGGCUUUGAGGAUGCCCAAAGAAGUCAGCAGCAAAAGAGCGAGCAACUGCACGAAAAUGAGUUACAAAGAAAUUACUCCCUGUCAACCAUCCAGGAGGAGCGCACCUCCCAGCUGUACGAGACGCCAGUCGGAGACAUAACCAUCGAUGAAAAGGGCGACGUGUCCUUCUCCUUCGACGGCAAGGAGGUAUCGGUUUCGCUCUACGAGACUCCCGAUCUUACGGAGGAGGAAGCCCUAAAGAUUGUCGAAAUGUAUGCCGAUCAAAUCUCGGAGCAUGUUACUGAGCACAACAUCGUCGAACUGCCACCACUGCGCUUCGUCAAAGAGACCUCGCAAUCGGGAAAACUUCUGAUGGAAGCGGUGGUCAUCGACAUUUCACCUGAAUACUUUACAGUCGAGGACGAUAUGCGAACUGAGGCUGAUAUGGAUGACAUUUCCAUAAACGAGAUCACGGUACACGGCUCUUCCGGAAGGGAAGGCCGAGUGGACCGAGAGACUGAGCAGUAUGUUCAGCAAUCCUUUGACAAAAUGGAGGAGGAACUAUCGCUAUCAGCGCCAAUUCGAAAGCGAAAGAAGUCCAAGCCCACGGAAACGGAUGAGUUCUUUAGCUUAUCCAAAGCGUCCGGCAGUCAAGGUGAUGAGGAGACAUCGGAAUUGCAAACCUUUGCCAGUGCCCAGAUGUCCGCAUCACAAAAAGCAGCCUCUGGUGCACAAGCUAGUCCGGAGAAGGACAAGGAUUCAGUGGCACCGCCAAAGCGUAAAAAGUCCAAAAAACCCACAGAUACCGAUUCCUCGAAGACAACAGAGGAUGAUGCUCGUCUGCAGGAUAUAUCGGGAGCAGUGGGAGACGGACUAAUGGUAACUCAAUCCUCCCAUGCCAAGGUUGUUUCCGAUGAGAAUGAGAUCAAUAAAAAUCUGAUUGCCCUCGUUCCGCUCGCAAAGUUGCUAAAGGUUAUCGACAAUCAUUUGAGUGCCGUCGAGAAUGAAGUGAUGGAACAGUCCACCAUGAUGAUGACUCCGUCGGCAGCGGAUCAGAGCAUAGCCAUCAUCCGCAACAUAAUCGAGCCCAUCAAGCAAAUCGAAUCGAAAUUAAGAGUAUACUCUGGCGAGACCCAAAUCGACGCCCUCAUCCAAUCGAUGGAUGAGGAUAUUCGACGACUGCACAUGGGUCUACAGGUCAUUGAAAAGUGCGUGGAGAUCGACGAGACUGGAGCCACGCUCAUCCAACGCACCAGUGUCUGUAUCAUUGACAGCGUGGCCGAGCAAAUGAAGAGAGCGCUGGAGGAGCUGAAAAUCGUUAGUAGGAAGUUUGAAUCGGAGUGUCUACGAGCCCAAAUCGAACUGACUGCCGAUGACAUCCAACAGGGAUUAGAGAUCACGCAGGGCACAAUUAAAUCACAGGCUCUUCUGCAGGAGGCGCAAGAACUGGAGGCAGCAAAGCAUUUUUCGGAAACGGUUGAAAAAAUGCAAGAAGUGCCCGAUUCCAUGUCCUUUGCCACCAUUUCGGAGGCCAAUCUGCCCAGCGAAGCAAGCGCUCUAAAGGAUAUUUGUCAGCCGGUGGCAAAGAUACAGGAAGCCCUAGAGCGCGUCGAAAUGGAAUUAUCGCUUGAGGAGUCCGAGGAGCAGAUCUACAAGAAGGUGCACCAGAAGGUGCUGGAGAGCAUUGUGGAGCCGAUUAAGCAGCUGCAAUCCACACUGCAGUCCAUUGAAGAUAAGACUGAGUCUCUCGCAGGAUCCGAGUCAAUUGAGCAGAAAAUAAACAUGGCCAUUUUGGAUAUCGUUACACCCCCUCUUUUCGAACUCAAAAAGGGUCUAGAAGUAAUCCUUAACGAAAAAUCAGGAAGUGUGGAGGGAGGAAUGCGGACAGUUAGCACAGUGGAAUCGAUGGUGCCCCCCUUGCAGGAGAUUCAAAAUGGUCUGGCGCAACUGGGCCAAGAACUGCAAAGUGGUCAGGACUCCGUGCCUCAGGAGCAACUGCGAUCUGAGCCAGUAAUGGGUGUUGCUGAUACCCAGAAGCUCUUACAAUCAUUUGCCCAGGCUGUCUUACAUUUUGAGACGAACAUCGAAAGGAUCUCUGCCCGACUAUCUCCCAACGUUAAGAUCCGCUUGCUGAACCUAAAGGAUGAACUGUCAGCUCUAAUUGGCGCAAUUUUGGAAAGAGAAAUUACCGGACAUCAUGUAGAAUUGCUGGACAGACUAAAGCGGCCCGUCGACGAGCUAAACUACUGCAUCCGUCAGACAGAGGUCAAGAAUAUGACUGGAUCUUUGGCCGACCUGAUUGAACCACUGAGUAUGUUACAGGAGAACACCCAAAAAGGUCACCAACGCUUGCUAGUCGCUCGGGAACCCGAUCAGCAGGCUCUUCAGACCCUGGACAACAUACGCAGUCUUAUCCGCAACGUGGUCAUCGAUAUAGAAGAGCACGAGUUUAAGAUCCUACAGCAAGAGAUUCAACAGGAUGAGGAGCAAGCGUCGCAGCAGCAGGACAAAUCAUUCAGCGCGCUGCGGAAAGUGCUGGAGACCAAGGUGUCCCUGGAAGAAGCUGUUGGUAACAUAGAAACCCUGCAGGAAGCGUUAAACAAAAUUAGUGAAAACCCAAAGGCUUCGGAACGAGUGAAGAGCUCCUCAAACGAAGCCCAAGUGUAUCUUCUUCGUAUUCUGCAAAUUGCUAAAGGACUGGCGACAUUUAGCGAGGCAGAAACAACACUCGACGUCAACGAGGCCAAUACGACUAGAAUUCUUUUCGAGUGUGGCAAAAGUUUUGCUGACUUGGCUAAAGCCCUACACAGUCCCGAAUCUUUGACUGAGAGUGAGUUCAUAAAUGCACUGAAUCAGUUUGGUGACAUUGUUGGCCAACAGAAGGAGUCAAUGGAUGAAAAGCUAUCCAUUGCCAGUCCGCUCUCCAGUCUGAUUCAUGUGCUCCAAAAUCUGAAGCCCCCGCGAGCUUCAAUGGAGGAUUUAUCCACCUUGGAUGAUGUGUCAGUGCUUAAGUCAGUCGCAGAGUCUUUGCCCACUGAUCCGGAUGUGGAAGUGCCCAAAGGUACCGAGAAACCAUCGACUGUUGCUGUCCUACUGUCCGAUUUGAACCAGGGAAUCACCUCGGUUCUUUCGCAUAGUGAAGAUCCUGACGUGGUUUCCCUAUCGGGAACAGCUGCACAGCAGGUACAGGCAGCCCUUGUUAAGAUGCAAGAGCUGCAAAGUAGCUUGGCAGUGGUUCAGGAAACCAACUUGGUGGAAGCGGCUCAUUCGAUGUCAGAGGCCAGUCAACAGGGAACUUUCGCCGAGGCGCUCUGCAGCUUGGAACGCUGUGUUCUUCAGGUGGAGGAGUGUAUGGCCCACAGUGGCGUCGAGAGUUUGACCGAUCUCGAACUGUCCAAGCUCAAGACUUUGGCCACUCCAUUGCACGAUGUGAGGCAAUACUGCGAGCAGAUCGAUGUGCAACUUUUGGAAAAUGUCAUUGAUAUAUCUACACACGGAGAUAUCUCUGAACUUAAGAGCAGUGGUCAUCAGCAAACCGUAUCAGAUCACAUCCAGGAAGUAGCCGUUGUGGAGGAAGAGCCCCAAGUGGAGGUUUUCGAUAUACAACAAGGUGUCGCCAGUGGCAUCAAGCAAUUAGAAGCCUGUCUGGAAGUUACCCAGACAGAUGCCAAUAAAGAACUUCAGCAAGUUGGCAAAAUAAUGGAGCAACUGAAGUCAGAUCUGGAGAACAUACAGAUCGCCCUUGUCACUGAUACCGUGCAACAGGAAACCGUUCUGGCCCAAGCGCAAAUAGCUCGCACCAUGUUCAGAUUGAAGGAGUGCUUGGUGCACACGUAUGAAUCUGGCUUGGUGGACUCCUUGGAGAACGUAGAGAGUGCCUUUGAAGACAUACUGCUUUCGUUACCAAUUCUGGAAAGUCAGUUGGCCGAGGAAAUGUUUGCCAAAAUCGAAAAGGCAUUUGCUAACUUUGUUGCGUACUGUGAGCGUCCAGAAGCUGUGGACUAUCAAAAAUUGAAAACUCUAAAGCAACCUAUUGAGAAUCUAGUGGGUUCAAUUGGAGCUGUGGCCGCGCAGCCCACCGUAGAUGUCGACAAAUCAUCUUCGGUUGUUGUUCAGCUUCAGACUAGUCUAAUGGCUGCUUUUCGGUGCAUAAACGAUGUCAGCGAGCAGAUUAGUAACGAAGUCUUAGGUGGUCUUUUGAAGACACAAAGCAGCUUAGUGGCUGUCUUUGAUUUUAUUGAGGGCAAUGACAAUACAAUUCGUGUCAUAGAACUUCUACAGGAAAUGGAUUCGAUCACUGCGGAAUUGAAGGCAUUGUCCGAAAUUCAUGUUGAACCCACAGUGCCAAUCGAUAUAGGCAUAAUUAUUGAAAACGUUUCGUCUGGAAAGGCGUUCCUUACCGAAAUCGAGGAAGGACUUCGAGUUAAUAAUCCGACAUGUAUUCUUUUGCUAGAUGAAAAUACAGACGAUAUCGCUCAGCUCGAGGCAACUCUUGUGCAAAUCGAGAAAGAAAUCCUUUCUCAACCGCAACUCAGUCAGAUAACCACUAAGCAGUUUGCUCUCAUAGAUGCACUGCAGCUGCAGAUCAGUAAUCUUCAGGAAAAACUUAACAAACUGAACGUGUUUCUUUCCGAACUUCAAAGUCAAUCGGAUGUCUCCUCACCUGAAUCAGCUUUGGAUACUGACAUAGAUCUUAAAGAAGGAUCUGGAAGCCAGGAAGACAUUGAACCCGAGGCUAAAAGACCCAAAAUGCUGGAAUCCGAGCAACAACUGGAUUCUUACAAACAAACCGAAACUCAAGAAGAAGUGCCUAAGGAAACGGAUGAUGAAACCAAGAAAGAUAUUGAAGUCGAAUCAAAGCUAGAAAACCAAAAUGAGUUGGUUGCUAAAAAAGAUGAACAGAAGGCAGAUAAAGUAUCCGAACAAGAAAAACUCCAAGAGAGUAAACAACAAACAGAGGUGGAUGAUACGCAAAAAUCAACUGAAGUUGUAUCUCAAAAAGCAUCGCCUGAAAAUAUUUUGGAAGCCUUAUCGGAAAAAUUAUCCCAAUCUCCAAACAAUGCUACGCAAAAUGAUGAAAUUAAAACAAUCAUGACAGAAUGCCAAGAUAUUCUUGAUAAUAUUGAUAAUAUCGAAAAAGUUUCAAAGUCUAUAUUCAAGUUGAGAGAGCACAUUGUUCACACCUUUGAUGGCAAACCACCAGAGGAACAGACCGAGAAGGAACUUGUUGAAAAACUUAUUGAAUCCCUCUUCGAAUCCUGUCCAGAAGCCACUGAGCACGUUAUUCAAACCUACAUAAAAGAAAUUAAAACCAACAUUAUUUUAACAAAAGCGGCAAUUCAACUUAUUGACGAUAGCAACUUGUUCACAAAGCCGUCUCUGCUAGUUCCCAAACUGGUAAAUCUUGAAAAACUUUCAGAAUUAACUCAAACGGUGAAACUUAUUGAUAAGUCAUCGAAAGAAAUGAUUGGCUUGCAACAGAAUUUAAUGGAUAUAUUUAUUAUACUUGAUGACCUUCUGGAUGAAAGAACAGAAAAAAUUAAUCCGAAAAUAGAGAAUAUAAAAAAAAUAUUGCUGAGUGAAUAUGACUAUAUUGAGAAAAAAGAAGGACAACUUAAUACUGCUGUGGUUAAUGGAAAAAUUAAAUUAAUAACUGAAAAGAUUCUUGACAUUUGUGAAGAGUUCAAACAAAUUAUUGAAAGUCAAAACCAAAAUAAGGAUGCAGCAGGAGAUAUCAAAAAGUCUGAAACUGAAGAUGUUGUUGACCAUUCAAUAGAAAAGAAGAUUGAAGAACCCAAGAGAUCAGAAAAAAAAGACUUGGAUAAGGAAUUCCUGGAAGAAAAAGAACUAAAGGCAAGUGCGAAAAAGCAAGGUGAUCAGGAUAUCGAACAGAAGUCCCAGAAACCAGAAGUAUCUGAGGUCGUAGCUGAGAAGAUAUCUGAAGGAAAGAUUGAAGAACCAAAGAAACCUGAAGAAAUGGACACUGAAGCUAAAUCAGAGAAAGCUACAGUCUUGGAUAAGCAAGUCCUGGAAGAAAAAGAACUAGAGGCUAGUGCAGAAAAGCAAGGUGAUCAGGAUGUCGAAAAGAAGUCCCAGAAACCAGAAGUAUCUGAGGUCGUAGCUGAGAAGAUAUCUGAAGAAACAAUUGAAGAGCCAAAGAAACCUGAAGUAAAGGACACUGAGAUUAAAUCAGAGAAAGCCACAGCCUUGGAUAAGCAAGUCCUGGAAGAAAAGGAACUAGAGGCUAGUGCACAAAAGCAAUGUGAUCAGGAUGUCGAAAAGAAGUCCCAGAAACCAGAAGUAUCUGAGAUCGUAGCUGAGAAAAUAUCUGAAAAAACAAUUGAAGAGCCAAAGAAACCUGAAGUAAAGGACACUGAGAUUAAAUCAGAGAAAGCCACAGCCUUGGAUAAGCAAGUCCUGGAAGAAAAGGAACUAGAGGCUAGUGCACAAAAGCAAGGUGAUCAGGAUGUCGAAAAGAAGUCCCAGAAACCAGAAGUAUCUGAGGUCGUAGCUGAGAAAAUAUCUGAAGAAACAAUUGAAGAGCCAAAGAAACCUGAAGUAAAGGAAACUGAGGUUAAAUCAGAGAAAGCUACAGUCUUGGAUAAGCAAGUCCUGGAAGAAAAGGAACUAGAGGCUAGUGCACAAAAGCAAGGUGAUCAGGAUGUCGAAAAGAAGUUCCAGAAAGCAGAAGUAUCUGAGGUCGUAGCUGAGAAGAUAUCUGAAGAAACAAUUGAAGAGCCAAAGAAACCUGAAGUAAAGGACACUGAGAUUAAAUCAGAGAAAGCCACAGCCUUGGAUAAGCAAGUCCUGGAAGAAAAGGAACUAGAGGCUAGUGCACAAAAGCAAGGUGAUCAGGAUGUCGAAAAGAAGUCCCAGAAACCAGAAGUAUCUGAAGUCAUAGCUGAGAAGAUAUCUGAGGAAAAGAUUGAAGAACCAAAGAAACCUGAAGAAAAGGAAACUGAGGUUAAAUCAGAGAAAGCUACAGUCUUGGAUAAGCAAGUCCUGGAAGAAAAGGAACUAGAGGCUAGUGCACAAAAGCAAGGUGAUCAGGAUGUCGAGAAAAGGUCCCAGAAACCAGAAGUAUCUGAGGUCGUAGCUGAGAAGGUAUCUGAAGGAAAGAUUGAAGAACCAAAGAAACCUGAAGUAAAGGAAACAGAAGCUAAAUCAGAGAAAGCCACAACUUUGGAUAUGCAAGUCCUGGAAGAAAGAGAACUAGAGGCUAGUGCACAAAAGCAAGGUGAUCAGGAUGUCGAAAAGAAGUCCCAGAAACCAGAAGUAUCUGAAGUCAUAGCUGAGAAGAUAUCUGAAGAAAAGAUUGAAGAACCAAAGAAACCUGAAGAAAAGGAAACUGAGGUUAAAUCAGAGAAAGCUACAGUCUUGGAUAAGCAAGUCCUGGAAGAAAAAGAACUAGAGGCUAGUGCACAAAAGCAAGGUGAUCAGGAUGUCGAAAAGAAGUCCCAGAAACCAGAAGUAUCUGAGGUCGUAGCUGAGAAGGUAUCUGAAGGAAAGAUUGAAGAACCAAAGAAACCUGAAGUAAAGGAAACUGAGGUUAAAUCAGAGAAAGCCACAACUUUGGAUAAGCAAGUCCUGGAAGAAAAAGAACUAGAGGCUAGUGCACAAAAGCAAGGUGAUCAGGAUGGAAAAUCUCGAGAUGAUAUUAUUAAAACAUUGAAAGAAAGGCUCACAGAAUUAUCCAAGGCAUUAGGAUCUAGUGUCGAUGAAAUUUUGAGAGAAAGUCGGGAAAUUGUCAAUAACCUUGAAGAUGAUAAGGUAGUGGCAAAACAUUUAUUCAAAUUAAGAGACCAUAUAGUUCACACCUAUGACGGAAAAAGAGGAGAAGAAAAUAAAGAAAAAGAACUCUUCGAAUCCUUUAUUGAAUUGUUGUGUGAGGCCUCCCCUGAAGCAGCUGAGAAAGUAAAACUCAACUAUCUUAAGGAAAUUAAAACCAAUGUGAUUUUAACAAAAGCUACUAUUCAACUUAUCGACGACUCUAACAUGUUCACCAAACCGUCCUUAUUAAUCCCCAAACUUUUAAAUUUGGAGAGAGUUGCCGUUAAAAUUCAAUCAGAAACAUAUGUUGAUAAGUCAUCGGAAAAAAUGAUUAGUUUGCAACAGAGUCUUAUGGAUAUUUUCGUAAUUCUUGAUGACUUUUUAGAUGACGAGACGGAAGUUUUAAAACCAAAAAUUGAAAAUAUUAAAACAACGUUGCUCAGUGACUAUGAUUAUAUUGAAAAAAAAGAUGGACCCCUCUUAACGGCUGUAAUAAAUGGAAAGAUUAAUGUUGUAUCCCAACAUAUCUUAACUAUUAUUGAAGAAGUUAAACAAUUGACUGAAAAUCAUGAUCAAAAGGAAAAAGACGUGUCCAACGCGGAGGCGGAUAAUUUCGCCGACGAAAAGCGAGAAGAAAGUCAAAAGGAGGAGAUUAAGGACUCUGAAGCAAAGCACAAGAAAUCGAAGGUUUCGGAGAAGAAAUCAAUCGAAGAAGAGAAACUUGAAGACAAGAAAGAAAAACAGACGGAGUCUGCUAUUGAUGAAAAAUCCCAAAAGGCUGAGGUGUCCGAAAUUGUCUCCGAAAAGAUUACUGAUGAGAAGGCACAAGAAAGCCAAAAGAAGGAGGUUAAGGGUUCUGAAGCCAAGCCUAAGAAAGCAAAGGUCUUGGAGAAGAAAUCAAUCGAAGAAGAGAAACUUGAAGACAAGAAAGAAAAACAGACAGAGUCUGCUAUUGAUGAAAAAUCCCAAAAGGCUGAGGUGUCCGAAAUUGUCUCCGAAAAGAUUACUGAUGAGAAGGCACAAGAAAGCCAAAAGAAGGAGGUUAAGGAUUCUGAAGCCAAGCCUAAGAAGGCAAAGGUCUUGGAGAAGAAAUCAAUCGAAGAAGCGAAACUUGAAGACAAGAAAGAAACACAGACGGACUCUGCUAUUGAUGAAAAAUCCCAAAAGGCUGAGGUGUCCGAAACUGUCUCCGAAAAGAUUACUGAUGAGAAGGCACAAGAAAGUCAAAAGGAGGAGGUUAAGGAUUCUGAAGCCAAGCCUAAGAAGGCAAAGGUCUUGGAGAAGAAAUCAAUCGAAGAAGAGAAACUUGAAGACAAGAAAGAAAAACAGACGGAGUCUGCUAUUGAUGAAAAAUCCCAAAAGGCUGAGGUGUCCGAAAUUGUCUCCGAAAAGAUUACUGAUGAGAAGGCACAAGAAAGCCAAAAGAAGGAGGUUAAGGAUUCUGAAGCCAAGCCUAAGAAGGCAAAGGUCUUGGAGAAGAAAUCAAUCGAAGAAGAGAAACUUGAAGACAAGAAAGAAACACAGACGGACUCUGCUAUUGAUGAAAAAUCCCAAAAGGCUGAGGUGUCCGAAAUUGUCUCCGAAAAGAUUACUGAUGAGAAGGCACAAGAAAGUCAAAAGGAGGAGGUUAAGGAUUCUGAAGCCAAGCCUAAGAAGGCAAAGGUCUUGGAGAAGAAAUCAAUCGAAGAAGAGAAACUUGAAGACAAGAAAGAAAAACAGACGGAGUCUGCUAUUGAUGAAAAAUCCCAAAAGGCUGAGGUGUCCGAAAUUGUCUCCGAAAAGAUUACUGAUGAGAAGGCACAAGAAAGCCAAAAGAAGGAGGUUAAGGGUUCUGAAGCCAAGCCUAAGAAAGCAAAGGUCUUGGAGAAGAAAUCAAUCGAAGAAGAGAAACUUGAAGACAAGAAAGAAAAACAGACAGAGUCUGCUAUUGAUGAAAAAUCCCAAAAGGCUGAGGUGUCCGAAAUUGUCUCCGAAAAGAUUACUGAUGAGAAGGCACAAGAAAGUCAAAUGGAGGAGGUUAAGGAUUCUGAAGCCAAGCCUAAGAAGGCAAAGGUCUUGGAGAAGAAAUCAAUCGAAGAAGAGAAACUUGAAAACAAGAAAGAAAAACAGACGGAGUCUGCUAUUGAUGAAAAAUCCCAAAAGGCUGAGGUGUCCGAAAUUGUCUCCGAAAAGAUUACUGAUGAGAAGGCACAAGAAAGCCAAAAGAAGGAGGUUAAGGAUUCUGAAGCCAAGCCUAAGAAAGCAAAGGUCUUGGAGAAGAAAUCAAUCGAAGAAGAGAAACUUGAAGACAAGAAAGAAAAACAGACGGAGUCUGCUAUUGAUGAAAAAUCCCAAAAGGCUGAGGUGUCCGAAAUUGUCUCCGAAAAUAUUACUGAUGAGAAGGCACAAGAAAGCCAAAAGAAGGAGGUUAAGGAUUCUGAAGCCAAGCCUAAGAAAGCAAAGGUCUUGGAGAAGAAAUCAAUCGAAGAAGAGAAACUUGAAGACAAGAAAGAAACACAGACGGACUCUGCUAUUGAUGAAAAAUCCCAAAAGGCUGAGGUGUCCGAAAUUGUCUCCGAAAAGAUUACUGAUGAGAAGGCACAAGAAAGUCAAAAGGAGGAGGUUAAGGAUUCUGAAGCCAAGCCUAAGAAGGCAAAGGUCUUGGAGAAGAAAUCAAUCGAAGAAGAGAAACUUGAAGACAAGAAAGAAAAACAGACGGAGUCUGCUAUUGAUGAAAAAUCCCAAAAGGCUGAGGUGUCCGAAAUUGUCUCCGAAAAUAUUACUGAUGAGAAGGCACAAGAAAGCCAAAAGAAGGAGGUUAAGGAUUCUGAAGCCAAGCCUAAGAAAGCAAAGGUCUUGGAGAAGAAAUCAAUCGAAGAAGAGAAACUUGAAGACAAGAAAGAAAAACAGACGGAGUCUGCUAUUGAUGAAAAAUCCCAAAAGGCUGAGGUGUCCGAAAUUGUCUCCGAAAAGAUUACUGAAGAGAAGGCACAAGAAAGCCAAAAGAAGGAGGUUAAGGAUUCUAAAGCCAAGCCUAAGAAAGCAAAGGUCUUGGAGAAGAAAUCAAUCGAAGAAGCGAAACUUGAAGACAAGAAAGAAACACAGACGGACUCUGCUAUUGAUGAAAAAUCCCAAAAGGCUGAGGUGUCCGAAAUUGUCUCCGAAAAGAUUACUGAUGAGAAGGCACAAGAAAGUCAAAAGGAGGAGGUUAAGGAUUCUGAAGCCAAGCCUAAGAAGGCAAAGGUCUUGGAGAAGAAAUCAAUCGAAGAAGAGAAACUUGAAAACAAGAAAGAAAAACAGACGGAGUCUGCUAUUGAUGAAAAAUCCCAAAAGGCUGAGGUGUCCGAAAUUGUCUCCGAAAAGAUUACUGAUGAGAAGGCACAAGAAAGCCAAAAGAAGGAGGUUAAGGGUUCUGAAGCUAAGCCUAAGAAAGCAAAGGUCUUGGAGAAGAAAUCAAUCGAAGAAGAGAAACUUGAAGACAAGAAAGAAAAACAGACGGAGUCUGCUAUUGAUGAAAAAUCCCAAAAGGCUGAGGUGUCCGAAAUUGUCUCCGAAAAGAUUACUGAUGAGAAGGCACAAGAAAGUCAAAAGGAGGAGGUUAAGGAUUCUGAAGCCAAGCCUAAGAAAGCAAAGGUCUUGGAGAAGAAAUCAAUCGAAGAAGCGAAACUUGAAGACAAGAAAGAAACACAGACGGACUCUGCUAUUGAUGAAAAAUCCCAAAAGGCUGAGGUGUCCGAAAUUGUCUCCGAAAAGAUUACUGAUGAGAAGGCACAAGAAAGUCAAAAGGAGGAGGUUAAGGAUUCUGAAGCCAAGCCUAAGAAAGCAAAGGUCUUGGAGAAGAAAUCAAUCGAAGAAGCGAAACUUGAAGACAAGAAAGAAACACAGACGGACUCUGCUAUUGAUGAAAAAUCCCAAAAGGCUGAGGUGUCCGAAAUUGUCUCCGAAAAGAUUACUGAUGAGAAGGCACAAGAAAGUCAAAAGGAGGAGGUUAAGGAUUCUGAAGCCAAGCCUAAGAAAGCAAAGGUCUUGGAGAAGAAAUCAAUCGAAGAAGAGAAACUUGAAGACAAGAAAGAAAAACAGACGGAGUCUGCUAUUGAUGAAAAAUCCCAAAAGGCUGAGGUGUCCGAAAUUGUCUCCGAAAAGAUUACUGAUGAGAAGGCACAAGAAAGUCAAAUGGAGGAGGUUAAGGAUUCUGAAGCCAAGCCUAAGAAAGCAAAGGUCUUGGAGAAGAAAUCAAUCGAAGAAGCGAAACUUGAAGACAAGAAAGAAACACAGACGGACUCUGCUAUUGAUGAAAAAUCCCAAAAGGCUGAGGUGUCCGAAAUUGUCUCCGAAAAGAUUACUGAUGAGAAGGCACAAGAAAGUCAAAAGGAGGAGGUUAAGGAUUCUGAAGCCAAGCCUAAGAAAGCAAAGGUCUUGGAGAAGAAAUCAAUCGAAGAAGAGAAACUUGAAGACAAGAAAGAAAAACAGACAGAGUCUGCUAUUGAUGAAAAAUCCCAAAAGGCUGAGGUGUCCGAAAUUGUCUCCGAAAAGAUUACUGAUGAGAAGGCACAAGAAAGCCAAAAGAAGGAGGUUAAGGGUUCUGAAGCCAAGCCUAAGAAAGCAAAGGUCUUGGAGAAGAAAUCAAUCGAAGAAGAGAAACUUGAAGACAAGAAAGAAAAACAGACGGAGUCUGCUAUUGAUGAAAAAUCCCAAAAGGCUGAGGUGUCCGAAAUUGUCUCCGAAAAGAUUACUGAUGAGAAGGCACAAGAAAGCCAAAAGAAGGAGGUUAAGGAUUCUGAAGCCAAGCCUAAGAAGGCAAAGGUCUUGGAGAAGAAAUCAAUCGAAGAAGAGAAACUUGAAAACAAGAAAGAAAAACAGACGGAGUCUGCUAUUGAUGAAAAAUCCCAAAAGGCUGAGGUGUCCGAAAUUGUCUCCGAAAAGAUUACUGAUGAGAAGGCACAAGAAAGCCAAAAGAAGGAGGUUAAGGAUUCUGAAGCCAAGCCUAAGAAAGCAAAGGUCUUGGAGAAGAAAUCAAUCGAAGAAGAGAAACUUGAAGACAAGAAAGAAAAACAGACGGAGUCUGCUAUUGAUGAAAAAUUCCAAAAGGCUGAGGUGUCCGAAACUGUCUCCGAAAAGAUUACUGAUGAGAAGGCAGAAGAAAGCCGAAAGGAGGAGGUUAAGGACUCUGAAGCCAAGCCUAAGAAAGCAAAGGUCUUGGAGAAGAAAUCAAUCGAAGAAGAGAAACUUGAAGACAAGAAAGAAAAACAGACAGAGUCUGCUAUUGAUGAAAAAUCCCAAAAGGCUGAGGUGUCCGAAACUGUCUCCGAAAAGAUUACUGAUGAGAAGGCACAAGAAAGCCAAAAGAAGGAGGUUAAGGAUUCUGAAGCCAAGCCUAAGAAAGCAAAGAUUUUGGAGAAGAAAUCAAUCGAAAUAGAGAAAUUGGAUGAAAAGAAAGAAAAGCAGACGGAGACUAAGGUUGCCACUGAUACCAAAUCCCAAACGGUUGAGGUUUCCGAAAUCGUUUUGGAAAAGAUAUCGGAAGAAAAGGCAGAAGAAAGCCAAAAGGUUGAACUUAAGGACUCUGAGGCCAAAUCAAAGAAGGCAAAGGUCCUGGAAAAGAAGUCAACCUUGAAAGAGAAACUCGAUGAGAAUGAUAAAAAACAGAAGGAGGAUGGCGCUACUAACAAAUCCCAAAAGGCAGAGGCUGCUGAUGUUGUUCCCGAAAAAAUAUCUGAAGAGAAGGUUGCUGAAAUAAAAACUCCUGAACCUAUGGACUCAAAGGCUAAAUCUAAACCAGAUGGAUUACCUGCCGAUGAAAAGAGUCACGGGGCUAAGGUUUCUGAAUCUGUUCCUGUAAAGAAUGAAGCUGAGAAAACAGAUCAACUUUCAGCAAAGAAACCAACUGUUCUGGAUGAGGAUCUGGUUGUUCCAAAACGAAAGCCAUAUUUGGCUGAACAAACUGCAGAUUCUAUUAGCCUGCAAACGUACAAGUCCAUGGACUCCGAGUACAAGGACCGAAAGGAAUCCCGAAGUGCCAAGCGGAAGCCCACGGUUGACAUCCAACUAACCAAUCGAAACACGGCGUCUGGCAGCGACCUCAAGCUGACUUGUGGCCUAUCGGGUCACGAGAUGAAUGUGCAAUGGUUCAAGGAUAAUUGCCCCAUCGAGAACGGUGCCAAGUACAGGAGAACAUUGAACGACGGACUGUCGUGCCUUGAAAUCAAAUCGGCCGAACUGGGUGACUCUGGCAUUUACCGAUGCAUAGCGUCCAAUCAAAAUGGAGAAGUCGAAACUAGCUGUCUUGUGACUAUAUACGAAGCACCUUCAAGUAAAUUUGGCACUCCGCCCAUAUUUACACGCAACAUUAGAGAUGCAUAUCAUUCCCAGGGUAACCAGCUCACAUUGGAGUGCAAGGUAUCUGGCAGUCCAAAGCCACAUAUUUACUGGCAGAGGGAUAAUACCCUACUGCCCAUCGAGGGCACCAAGUACCAGUAUGAGGAGCAAAGCGACGGAAUAAAACUCCUAACCAUUAACAACUUUGGCAGCAAUGAUUCCGGCUUGUACACUUGCUAUGCCGAGAGUGAAAAUGGCCAAAUGAAGAUCAGCAAAUUUGUUCAAGCCUCUGAUUAUGUUAGAGAGAGAAUUGCCGAUAAGAAACCGAUUGACAAGGUCAUCCAGGAGAUCAAACGGGAUGAAUCCUCCAGUGCCGCGGCGAACGAUACUGCAGCUGCCAAGGCGAAGGCUCGGGAGGCAAAGUUGCGACUAAAUCUGGAGACCAGCCUGAAGACCAUGACCAUCGGAAGUGGUAACAAGGCUCAGCUCAUCUGCUAUGUGACUGGCAUCAUCGAGGAUGUUCACUGGCUGAGGAACGACGAGCGGGUGACGAAGGAUGCCCGCCACAAGAUCUACAACAUAAACGGAGCCAUUAGCCUGGAAAUCUACGAUGCCCGGGUGGAGGACAGUGGCCACUACAGAUGCGUGGUGAAGAACAGCCGGCAGACGGUGGAAAGUGCUGGCCAGCUAAGUGUGCUGGAUCAGUCCACGGGAAAGUUGCCGGAAAGCUUCUCCAGUGGUAUUAUAGAAUCCUACGAUGACCAGCGUAAUGAGAUCGUGCUUAGUUGCCAGGUGAUUGGACGCCCGAGUGUCAGCUGGAUGCGUGAUGACCACUCCAUUUGCAACAACCGGUACAGAACAAUAGAAGAACCAGGUGGUGUAAGAAAGCUGGUAAUACGCAAUCCCAUAUCCUCCGAUUGUGGAAUCUUCGCCUGCUAUGCAGAGCACGAGGAUCGGAUUGACUCCACUAGCAUCACCAUCAAGGCGGCCGAUCUUAAGCGCCUGAUUAACGUCAGUCAGGAGGAGAUUCCAAGCAUUGGUGAUCAUGAGAGCACGCCUUGGUCACGUAGCCAGUCGCAUUUGAGUUCCGGUAGCCAGGUUAACGGCAAUGGAGAACUUCAUCGAGCCGGUGAUCGUGUCCUACGCAACGUGGGCAAGGGAAAGCCACUCUUCCACACUCUAUUGCACGAUCGCACUGUUUCGGAGGGAGCCAAUCUCCGGCUGGUCUGUUCCGUAUCCGGAGACGAGAAUACCCACAUCGAGUGGUUGAAGAAUCACAAACCUUUGCCCAGGAGCGACAAUCGCUAUCAGACAGUGUAUCUGAAUGGAGAAGCCUCAUUGGAGAUCUUCGCCGCGGUGGCCGAUGAUAGUGGCAACUAUACCUGCUGUGCCACCAACGAUUUUGGAGAGAGUUUAACUCAUGCCCAGCUGCGGGUAUAUAAAAACUUCAAGGAAGCCCCAUUGCCAAGUACUUUUACGCAGCCAAUUCGAGACACAUAUUCUCUCAACGAGAAUGAGUUGGUUCUGGAUUGUCGCGUACGUGGCCAGCCGCGUCCCGAAAUCCAAUGGAUCAAGGGCACGGAACCCAUUGAGGCCAGCGAGAAGUUCAAGCCGAGCGAUCAGGCCGAUGGCUAUGCCAAGCUGGUCAUCGUGAAUCCCACAGAGAAGGAUUCGGGCAUCUAUUGGUGCGUGGCCCGCAACGAGGGUGCGGAGAACAAGAUCUCCCAUCAGGUGGACUUCAAGGGACGCCAGCACUACUCGCUGGAGAAGACGCACGGAUUCUUCCAUCGCGAUCCCAACAAGCCGCACUUCCUGCUGCCGUUGGGCAAUCAGACGGUCUGCAACGGUGGCACCGUGGCCAUUUCCGCCGAAUUCAUGGAGACCAGCACACCCAUCGAGGUCAAGUGGCUUCGCGAUCGCAGGGUGGUGGAUGGACCCAAUGUCAAGGCCCUGGCCGAUCGCGGUGUCUACACGCUGACCAUCAUGAAUGCCGGUCCCGAGGUGGAAGGCACCUAUACUUGCCGCGCCUCCAAUGCCUUUGGUCGCAUCGAAUCCAAUGUCAACGUCGAUGUGGCCGUCGGAGCUGAGAAGGAUGAGCGUCCUCCGCUGUUCCUCUCGCGACCGGAUACCGAAAUGAAGAUCGCCGUCGGUGAUCCCUUCUCGCUGUCCUUCCGCAUUGCCGGCGAUCCGAAACCAAAGCUGACCUUCAUGAAGGGCACGAAGGACAUUACCCAAUCGGAUCGGGUCAGCAAAGAGGUGUCCGAUGACUACACAAGAUUCUCAGUGCAGCAAGCCCAGAUCUCCGAUUCUGGCACCUACUUCGUGGUAGCCCGCAACAACUUUGGCACCGACAGGAUAUUCGUCACUGUGACGGUAAAUCCGCGCGCUCGAUCCGCGACGCCAACGCAACCACGAUGGGGUCUUCCCCUGGACAGCUAUAGCGACACCUCGUACUUCAGAGAUCCACCGGGUUGCAUAUCCACCGAGCCACUGGUCGUGGAUUCCGGACCCACUCACAUCUCGUUGUCGUGGGGCAAGCCGGUUAGUGCCAACUCUGCUCCGGUUAUGGCCUACAAGGUUGAGGCCUGGGUGGUGGGUCACGAGGGCGGAGCCUACUGGCGGGAGUUGGGUCUAACGCCCAUCAACUCCUUCGACGCCUUCAACCUGAAGCCCAACGUUGAGUACCACUUCCGAGUGACGCCCAAGAACCGAUAUGGCUGGGGACCCACCGUCCAGACCAGCAGUCCACUCCAAGUGGGCGGUGUCGAGUGCCUGCCGGAAUUUGUCAAGAUUCUGCCGGGACAGGCCAAGGCACUGUUGGGCUCCUCCUUCACGCUGCAGUGCAACAUGCGUGGAGCGCCAAGGCCCCAGGUCACCUGGUUCAAGGAUGGCAUUCAGUUGAGCAGCAGUUCGGAACGCGUCAAGAUCCGGCAGAUCGGUUCGACCUGCGCCCUCACCAUUGCCACCGUCAGCGAACUGGACUCGGGUCGUUACACCUGCGAGGCGACCAACUCGAAGGGCAGGGUUUCCACAUUUGCCCGCCUCCAAGUCGUCUCUGAUUCGAGAAUCUAUGAGGCAGAUUCACGUUUGAAGGAGAUCGCCCAUGGUCGCAAUGUAGCCGAUGUCGGUGACUCGCUACCUAUCUUCACCAUGCGCCUAAGGGAUCGACGCGUCCAGGUGACCUACCCGGUACGACUCACCUGCCAGAUCGUAGGCUAUCCCGUGCCAGAGAUCCUGUGGUACAAGGACGAUGAGCUCAUCCACACUGAUAGAAAGCAUCUGAUUAGCGCCGAGGGACAGUUCUUUACGCUGGAAAUCGCUGCAACCACGCUGGACGACAGCGGAACGUACACCUGCCUGGCGAGGAACGAGCUGGGUUCCGUAUCCUGCCACUGCACCCUGGUGGUGGACAAGGGCAUUCGAGCGUACAUCUCACCCGAUUUCUAUGUGCCCCUGGAUCCCUUCUACAUAUUCCGCGAGGGUUCCGAAAUCCGUCUGUCCACAAAGGUCGAAGCCUAUCCAUCCGUAGGUGUCACCUGGCAUCGCAACGGAAUGCGCCUGCGACCCAGCCGUCGUCUGACCGCCACCUUGGACUCCAAUGGUUAUGUGGAGCUCAUCAUUGCCGAGGCCACUGUGCGCGAUGCAGGAAUCUAUGUGUGCGUUGCAUCCAAUGUCGUGGGUAAAGUGGAGACCAUCUGCCGCGUGGCCGUUGAGGAGGCGGAGAACAAGGCGGUGGCACCGCAGCGAUCCCUGGAAAUUCCCAGCAUUAAGACUGAUGAUCUGCCUUAUUCCAAGGAGCCCCUGUUUGUGGUCAAGCCACGAUCCAGCGAGGCCUACGAGGGUGACAACGUCAUCAUAUUCUGCGAGGUGGUCGGCGAUCCAAAGCCCGAAGUCGUUUGGCUGCGCGAUUUUCUAAAUCCGGAGUACUACAAGGACGCGCCACACUUCCGGCGAAUUGGAGACGGACCCGAGUACAGGCUGGAGAUACCCAGCGCCAAAUUGGAUUUCACCGGCACCUAUUCCGUGAUAGCCAGCAAUUGCCAUGGCGAGGCCAAGGCUGUAAUAUCGCUACAAAUAUUCGCCAAAGAUAUACUCAACAAAAGCCGCAUGGAUAAAGUGCACACGAGACAUGGCAACAUCGAGACCCUUCCCCGAUUCGUUCGCAACUUGCGAAACCUCCGCUGUUGCGAUGGGGAUGCGAUAUCGCUGGAAUGUCACGUUGAGGCCGAUCCGGAGCCGUUCAUCAUCUGGGAAAAGGAUGGGCAUGUUAUGCCCAGCGAUCGGGACUACGUGAUGUCUUUCGAUGGAACCAAGGCAACGCUGAGCAUACCGCGCGUAUAUCCAGAGGAUGAGGGCGAGUACACGUGCGUGGCCAAGAACUCGGUGGGUCGCAGUCUCUCUUCCGCCUGCAUUAUAGUGGAUGUGCCCGAGGAGAAGGAGAAUAUGCUCAGCCGCCAGCUAGCGCGUCCCAGUGGCCUGCUCUCCGCCCACUCCACGCCCCGUUCUACGCCGAGAUCCACGCCCGCCAGAAGUUUCUCUCCCCUGCGCCUAUCGUACCGCACCAGCAGCAUCGAUCUGUCCGGCGUGGCGGAACGCAGGCGUAGUGAUGCCCGGAAUGCCAUCACGGCGCCAAAGUUUCUCGCCAUUCCCUACAAUCGCGUCGUCGAGGAGGGCGACAGUGUGCGCUUCCAGUGCGCCAUCUCCGGACAUCCCACACCGUGGGCGACAUGGGACAAGGAUGGCCUGAUUGUGACACCCACGCCGCGCAUUGCCGUCAAGGAAAUCGAUGACCUUCGCAUCAUAGAGAUCGAUGAGGUGACCUUCGACGAUGCCGGCCUGUAUCGCGUCACGCUGGAGAACGAUUUCGGUCGUAUUGAGGCCACCGCUCGCUUGGACGUCAUCCGCAGCUCCCGCUACUCCAAGUCGCCUUCGGUGCGCAGCGUGCGUGCCUCCUCCUCCCGCCGUAAUGCCCACUUGUACAGGCGCAUCAUGGGUCCAUCCACAGCAAUUGGCGGACGCAUGGCUCUGGCAAGUGGCUAUCGGGGUUCGUCGGUGCCCUCGGUGAGAUUCUAUCACAACGACGUGGAGCUCGAGGCCUCGGAACGAGUUCACAUCCUGCUGCAGGACUCGAUGGCCCUGCUCAUAGUGGACAAUGUGACGCGCGAGGAUGAAGGCCAGUACACCUGCAUCAUAAGCGGCGACCACGAUCCCCUCAUCACUUCCACCACCGUCACCUUCCACGACUCGAAUACGGAGAUUCGCAGGCGUCGUGCUGUCAUCACGGAACGACUGCCCGAGAUUACUAAAUCGCUGGAGGGCGAGGUGAUCGAUCUGUGCUGCUCCAUCGAAUGCGAUGAACCCUACAGCUACGUUUGGUUGCGAAAUGGCGAGAUUCUGCCAGACAGCGAUGAGUUCAAUUACAUUGAUCACGGCAAUGGACGCCUCUGCCUGCGAAUCAACGACGCCUUCGACAUUGACUCCGGCAUCUACAGCUGUCAGGUGUUUACCAGCGACAUCAACGACUCCACCUCCGACUCCACCUUCGACUCCCAUUCGAUCUGCAGCUUAAUCAACAGCGGAUGCAGCGAUUGCAGCAGCAGCGGUGAGCUGUGCGUCCUGGAGCGUGAUCUUCGUGGCCAGGAUGAAGAGUGUGUUCAGCUGCUGAAGACGCCACUUCCGGUGGUCUGCGCAUCCGGCGAUGAAGCUCUCUUCUACGCCCGUGUUUUCCCCUGCGAUGCGGAAGCCGACUGGUAUCUCAAUGGCCAGCUUUUAGCCCAAGCGGAUGACUCACUUAACAUGACGUUGGAGUCUUAUCCCGAGAACGGCAUUCGGCUUCUGCGCAUGCGUGACGUGACCGCAUCGAGAAGCGGCGAGAUCUGUCUGCAGGUGAAGCAUCCCCAGGCGGAGUUCCGUCGAAUUCCGACCACACGCACCUACACCAGCCUCCUGGUACUGCCCGCCAUCCGUGGCAACAGCUCCAGUUCCUCGCUGGCGGCCAGAAGCUGCAUUUUGACACGCCCCGAGGACUGCACCGCCUUGAUCGGUGGACAUGUUCGGCUGAGCGUUCGCUACGAGCCAUUCCCGGGCACCAAAGUCAUCUGGUACAAGGCGUGUCAUCCCAUUGUGGAAAGCUCCAAUGUGACGAUCCGGACGACGAGCCAACAGUCGACGCUCUACAUCACGGACAUCUCGGCGGACGACAGCGGCAAGUAUACGGUUGAGGUGAUGAACGACUAUGGCGUGGAGGCAGCCGCUGCCUCGGUGGCAGUGGAAGGUCCUCCGGAGCCACCAAGUGGCCAGCCCAGUGUAUCGCUGGGUCCAGAUCGCGUGGCAGUGGCCUGGUGUGGUCCACCCUACGACGGUGGCUGUAUGAUCACAGGUUUUAUCAUUGAGAUGCAGACCAUUGGCGAUGAGAACUGCGAUGAGGACAGCUGGCAGCAGGUUACCCGAGUGGUGGACAGCUUAGCGUACACCGUCAAAAACCUCCAGCCGGAGAGGCAGUACCGAUUCAGAGUGCGUGCCGAGAAUAUCCAUGGACGCAGUGCACCCGGCCAGGCCAGCGAACUGGUACAGAUUACCAAUACGCCACAGAGGAGCACAUCAUCGGAUGCCAGCGAUCGUUUCGGACAAGCGACAGUGAGCGUGCAGUCUGGUGGAGAUUUCAAAUCCCGCUUCGAGAUCAUCGAGGAGCUGGGCAAGGGACGAUUUGGCAUUGUCUACAAGGUGCAGGAACGCGGUCAGCCGGAGCAGCUGCUGGCCGCCAAGGUGAUCAAGUGCAUCAAGUCGCAGGAUCGGCAGAAGGUGCUCGAGGAGAUCUCCAUCAUGCGCGCACUGCAGCAUCCCAAGCUCCUUCAGCUGGCUGCCUCCUUCGAAAGUCCCAGGGAGAUUGUCAUGGUGAUGGAGUACAUCACUGGCGGAGAACUGUUCGAACGUGUGGUGGCUGACGACUUCACCUUGACCGAAAUGGACUGCAUCCUGUUCCUGCGACAGGUUUGCGAUGGCGUGGCCUACAUGCACGGCCAGAGUGUGGUGCAUCUCGAUCUGAAGCCGGAGAACAUAAUGUGCCAUACGCGCACUAGCCACCAGAUCAAGAUCAUUGACUUUGGUCUGGCCCAACGACUGGAUACGAAAGCACCCGUUCGGGUUCUCUUUGGUACUCCCGAGUUUAUACCACCAGAAAUCAUUAGCUACGAACCCAUAGGUUUCCAGUCCGACAUGUGGAGUGUGGGCGUCAUUUGCUACGUGCUACUCUCGGGUCUGUCGCCUUUCAUGGGCGAUACCGAUGUGGAAACCUUCUCGAAUAUAACUAGAGCGGAUUACGAUUACGAUGACGAGGCCUUCGACUGCGUUUCGCAAGAGGCCAAGGAUUUCAUCUCGCAGCUAUUGGUCCACCGAAAGGAGGACCGCCUGACCGCCCAGCAAUGCCUGGCGUCCAAGUGGCUGAGCCAACGACCAGACGAUAGUCUCAGCAACAACAAGAUCUGCACGGAUAAGCUGAAGAAGUUCAUCAUUCGACGCAAGUGGCAGAAAACCGGAAACGCCAUCCGUGCUCUUGGUCGCAUGGCCAAUCUUUCGGUGUCGCGAAGGAACUCAGCCAUUGCCAUGGGAGUACUGAGCAGUCCAAGGCCAUCGAUAUCGGGUCUGGGCAUGCUGACCACCAGUGCCAUUGGGAGUGGAACCAGCUCCCAGAUGACAUCGCUCCACGAAGAGGAGGACGACUUCAGCGGCGAGAUGCCGCCAGUGGAGAAGCGCACCGUUCUCAAGCUGCGAGAUAAAUCCCAGUGCAGUGAACGCAGUGAUUCAGGCUACAGUGAGUGUUCCAAUUGUAGUGGAGCCCAGGAGACGCUGCUACUCUCGCUGGCCAAAUCCAAACUGGAGGCUAUAGCGAAGGCGAGCACCUUGCCCACGGUGGUGCACGAUACGGAGCAACCCGUUAGCCUGGAGCUGCCCACCAAGGGCGAAGCCAUCAUGCGCUCCGACUUUACCAACACCAUCAAGAUGCGCAAGAAGUCACUGGAGGACAGUGCUGCACGGGAGAAACCCAGGUCCAAACCCCAGGUCAAGCCGCUCUUGUGUGAGUCCAAGCUGAAGGUGUCCCAGCUGAAGGACAGGUUCCAGGUGUCCCCUGCUCCUGCUUCUGCAUCUGCAUCCGCAUCCGCUGCUAACAAACCUCCGCUUGCCUAUGGGCCCUUCAAAAUAGCCAAAGUGGCGAGUGUGGGACGCAUCAGUAGAACAGAGGAGCCGGGAAGGAGCGGUAGAGGCGCACCCAGUGUAUCCGGCAAAGGCAAGUCACCCCAGGUGCGUUCCAUGCCCAGCUCUCCGCUGCCUCAGCGAUCCGCUACGCCGACGCGGCUGAUGAGCCAACGUGUCCGUGAGGCGGCCGAGCGUCUUGCCCAACAGCACACGGUGGCCAGUGCUCAGCGGCAUUUGGGCAAUGGGAGAGGCACUGGCACUGGCAAUGGAAAUGGCAAUAGCAAUAGUAAUGGCAAUGGUAAUGGGAACACCGCGGAGACGAAUCGCGAAUCACGCGCGCGACGUCUCAUCAACCGAUUCAAUAGCGAAACGCAGCAUAUCACGUCCUAGUUUAAGUCGGUUAAAUGCCGACGAGCAUAACUUUAUUACAGAUAAAGCAGAUAUAGCAUUGUUUAAGUAAAAAAUAUAUAUAUAUACCCCAGAGAAACUUUACGAAACACUCGAAUAUGAAUGCGACUGCGGAUCAGCAUCCCACCCACCCACACACACACGUCUACCCACUCACAGUAGGAUAUAUGUAUGUAUGUCUGCAUUCAAGCGGAUGCACUCCCUCCGUUCAGAGGGAACUGUACUUAGGCUAGAGGAAGCUAAGUGUUUAAAUUAUUGUAUCGAUUUAUAUACAUAUUUACCAUACUAAUUAAAGUUAAUGUAACG